CGAGCAGGCAAUUGUGGUUUCUGCAAGAAUACUUUAGAUACUCUUAUUGCUAGUUGUACUUCGACGCCUGAGCGCUUCCAUGUUUUCUCUGCUGGGUGUCCAGUUGCGGCGAAGUUGUUUUUCAGUAAACGGAGCGAUGCUUUAGAAGCUAUGGGUUACUUCUGGGAACGGCGGCUCGACGGUGCUCAUUUUCUAGACCCAUUCAUGAAAACUAAUGGGUUCUUACCUUCUGAUAUGGACGAGCUUAGGGAGCGUCUCAAAGCUCUCUUUGUCUCACGCGUCAAGAGUCUUCUGGACGGGGAGGAAGUCAAGCGGUGGCAGAAGAAGCUUGAGCUCACAUGUGAUGAGAUCGCUGAUGUAUCUAAUUCACUUAAAAAGUAUAAUACUUUCGUUGUUUCUGAUAAACUUAAGUCGAAGAAAAAGGGGCUUAUGACAGCAAGGGAGCUGAUUGCAAAGAGGAUCAGGGAAUUUAGGUCUGCCAUGAACUGUAUACUGGAUUAUCUUGAUGGGUUGACUUUCCCGGACAUUUCUGAUGAGACGGUUCAGGUGUUAAGGUUUAGUGGUGAUUUCAACUGGAGUCGGAUUCAUCAGGUUAUGCUGCGGGAGAUUCGGCACCUCGAUGAGGGUUUGCCUAUUUAUGCUUCCCGGAAAGAAAUUAUUCAGGAAAUAUAUUCCAAGCAGGUCAUGGUCUUGAUUGGAGAGACUGGUUCAGGGAAGAGUACACAGUUGGUACAGUUUCUUGCUGAUUCGGGAGUAGGUGCUGAAAACUCCAUUAUUUGCACUCAGCCUCGCAAAAUUGCUGCUAUAUCCUUGGCACAAAGGGUUGGGGAAGAAAGUAAAGAUGAGGCUCAUGAAAGGAGCUUGAACACUGAUCUUCUUUUGGCACUGCUUAAAGAGUUGCUGAAGGAGAGGCGUGAUCUAAGGCUUAUCAUAAUGUCUGCAACUGCUGAUGCAGAUAAGCUUUCAGAUUACUUCUUUGGUUGCAGCACCUUCCAUGUUGUGGGAAGAAAUUUUCCUGUUGACAUCAAAUAUGUUUCUUGUGCAUCUGAAGGAAGUUCUGCCAUUUCAAAAGCUUACUCUGGUGCUUGUGCUUCAUAUGUUUCUGAUGUUGUGAAUAAGGCGACUCAGAUUCACAGAACAGAGGAAAAGGGGGCCAUACUUGCUUUUUUGACUUCUCAGAUGGAAGUAGAAUGGGCUUGUGAGAAUUUUCAGGUCCCCAAUGUAGUUGCAUUGCCCUUACAUGGGAAACUUUCUCAUGAAGAGCAAAAUCGUGUUUUCCAUGACUACCCUGGAAAGAGGAAAGUAAUUUUUGCCACUAAUUUAGCUGAGACAUCAUUGACAAUUCCUGGGGUUAAGUAUGUAAUAGAUUCUGGCAUGGUCAAAGAGAGCAGGUUUGAACCCAAUACUGGUAUGAAUGUCCUUAAAGUUUGCAGGGUUAGUCAAAGUUCUGCUGAUCAACGUGCUGGCCGUGCUGGUCGAACAGAACCUGGAAAAUGUUACAGAAUGUACUCAAAAAAUGAUUUUCAGUCUAUGCCUUCACAUCAGGAACCUGAGAUUUGUAGGGUUCAUCUUGGUGUUGCAGUCCUGAGGAUUCUUGCUCUGGGUAUCAAGAAUGUACAAGAGUUUGAUUUUGUUGAUGCACCUAGUCUCAAGGCAAUUGACAUGGCAAUCAGGAAUCUUAAUCAGUUAGGUGCUAUUACAUUAAAAAAUGAUGCUUUUGAAUUAACUGAUGAUGGUUGGUACUUAGUUAAAUUGGGUAUUGAGCCUCGACUAGGAAAACUGAUACUUGGUAGUUUCCUUCAUGGUUUGCGUAAAGAGGGUCUUGUUCUUGCUGCGGUAAUGGCUAAUGCCAGUAGCAUUUUUUGCAGAGUUGGUAGUGAUGAACAUAAAUUGAAAGCCGACUGUCUGAAGAUUCAAUUCUGCCAUCAGGAUGGGGACCUCCCAACACUGCUCUCUGUUUACAAGGAAUGGGAGGAUGUGUCUAGUGAAAAGAAAAACAAAUGGUGUUGGGAUAACAGCAUUAAUGCAAAGACCAUGCGGAGAUGUAAAGAGACUGUUUUUGAAUUGGAACAUUGCCUCAAAAGUGAACUAAAUAUUAUUGUCCCAAGUUACUGGCUCUGGAAUCCACAUCUGUCCUCUGAGCAUGAUACAAAUCUGAAGAGGGUUAUUCUGUCAUCCCUCUCAGAAAAUGUUGCCAUGUAUUCUGGAUAUGAUCGACUUGGAUAUGAAGUGGCCAUAACUGGACAACAUGUUCAACUGCAUCCUUCAUGUUCUUUGCUAACAUAUGGUCGGAAGCCAAGUUGGGUAGUGUUUGGUGAACUCCUAUCGAUAUCAAAUCAUUAUUUGGUUUGUGUUACAGCUUUUGACUUCGAAUGCUUAUCUACCCUUUGUCCCCCUCCUUUGUUCAACAUUUCUCAGAUGGAUAGCCGGAAGCUGCAGGUGAGUUUGAUGACUGGAUUUGGCAGUGUUAUAUUGAAAAGAUUCUGUGGGAAAUCAAACAAUAAUUUGCUUAAUCUUGUAUCACGCGUUCAAACAGCUUGCAACGGCAGACAGAUUGGUAUUGAAGUAGAUGUUGAUAAGGGAGAAAUUCAAUUGUUUGCCACUGCUGAAGACGUGGGAAAGGUUUCUAGCCUUGUGAAUGAUGCGUUGCAUUAUGAAAUGAAAUGGUUAAAAGAUGAAUGUCUUGAGAAAUGCUUGUACCAUGGUGGACAUGGUGUUUCUCCUUCUGUGGCUUUGUUUGGAGCUGGUGCUGAAAUCAAGCAUUUGGAACUGGAAAAGAGAUAUUUAUCUGUGGAUAUAUUCCAUUCAGAUGCAGGCACUCUUGAUGAUAAGGAACUUCUUAUGACUCUUGAAAAAAGUGCAUCUGGUAUCUGUAACUUCCACAGAUAUGCGUGCAUUGGACAAGAUGGUGAGGACAGUGAAAAAUGGGGCAAGAUAACCUUUCUUACCCCUGAAGCUGCUGAAAAAGCAGUUGUGGAGCUGGAUGGUUUUGAAUUCAGAGGGUCCCCACUGAACUUAUCCCCUUCCUGUAUUGGAGGUGACCAAAAAAUGUUUUCAUUUCCUGCUGUAAAAGCCAAGGUUUUUUGGCCACGCAGAUAUAGCAAGGGUGUUGCAAUCAUUAGGUGUGCAAGACAAGAUGUUGAUUCUAUCAUUGAUGACUGUUCUAGCCUGCUGAUUGGAGGUCGGUUUGUCUUUUGUGAACGUAGCAACAAGAACAUGGAUUCUAUUGUCAUGAGUGGGCUUGACAAAGGAAUAUCUGAACAAGAAAUUUUUGAAACUUUGAGUACUGUAACAGAUAGGAGAAUUCUGGAUGUUUUCCUGGUUAGAGGAGACCCUGUUUCUAACCUACCAUCUGCUUGUGAAGAAGCAAUUCUUAGGGAAAUUGCUCCCUUCAUGCCUACAAAGAGCCCUCUAAGCAAUUUUUGCCGAGUACAAGUAUUCCAUCCUGAACCGAAUGAUUAUUUGAUGAAAGCUAUGAUAACUUUUGAUGGAAGACUGCAUUUGGAGGCAGCAAAGGCUUUGCAGAACCUACAGGGGAAAGUACUCCACAGCUGUUUCCCAUGGCAGAAGAUACGAUGCCAACGAAUGUUUCAUAGCUCUGUGUCCUGUCCUGCUCCUGUCUAUUAUGUUAUUAAGAAACAGCUGGAUUCUUUAUUUGAAAGCUUCAAGCAUCGAGACGGUGUAUUCUGCAAUCUUGAAAGGAAUGAGAAUGGCUCCUUUCGAGUAAAAAUAUCUGCAAAUGCUACAAAGACUGUGGCAGAGUUAAGAAAGCCAUUGGAGCAGCUCAUGAAAGGGACAGCAAUAAACCACGCUAGUCUCACUCCAAGCAUAUUGCAACUUCUCUUCAGUAAAGAUGGCAUUGCAGUCAUUAAGUCAAUUCAGCAAGAGACGGGGACAUAUAUCCUUUAUGAUAGGCAGAACAUGAAUGUUAAGAUCUUUGGGUUGCAGGAAAAAAUUGCUGUUGCUGAGCGGAGAUUGGUUCAAUCCCUUUUAAGCCUCCAUGAAAAUAAGCUAUUGGAAAUUCGCCUGCGGGGAGAGGAGCUGCCACACAACCUGAUGAUAGCACUGGUUGAGAAGUUUGGGCCAGACCUACAUGGGCUCAAGGAUAAAGUACCUGGGGCUGGGUUCAUGCUUAAUACUCGCCGUCAUGUCAUAGUUGUACGAGGGAACAAGGAAUUAAAGCAAAAAGUAGAGGAGAUUAUUUAUGAAUUUACGAAGUCUCUAAGUGAUAAUUCGCCAUCUGAGCAGCCGAAAGGAGAAGGUACCUGCCCCAUUUGCUUGUGUGAGGUGGACGACUGUUACCAGCUUCAAGGCUGUGCUCACUUGUUUUGCCGGUCUUGCUUGGUGGAGCAGUGUGACUCUGCAAUUAAAAGCCACAAUGGAUUUCCACUGUGCUGCACCCUCGAGGGGUGUGGAACACCCAUUUUUCUUACAGAUUUGAAGAGUCUGUUGCCAAGUGAGAAGUUGGAAGAUCUAUUCAGGGCCUCUUUGGGGGCAUAUGUGAUAGGUAGUGGUGGUACCUACAGGUUUUGUCCAUCACCGGACUGCCCUUCAGUUUAUCGAGUGGCAGAUCCUGGAUCGACUGGUGAGCCAUAUUCUUGUGGAGCCUGCUUCGUGGAGACAUGCACUAGGUGUCACUUGGAAUACCAUCAGUAUGUGUCAUGUGAGAUGUACAAGGAGUUCAAGAAUGAUCCAGAUUUGUCACUUAAGGAAUGGCGCAAAGGGAAGGAACAAGUCAAGGGCUGCCCUGCCUGUGGAUACACGAUAGAGAAGGUGGAGGGAUGCAAUCACAUUGAGUGCAAGUGUGGGAGGCAUAUAUGCUGGGUGUGUUUGGAUUUCUUUGAUACCAGUGAACAAUGCUAUGAACACCUGCAGUCUAUACACCAAGCUAUACAAUGAGAGGACUAAAUUACCACGUUUUACACCCUAUCCCCUAGUGUAAAUAUGUAUCUCUUGUAAAUAACAC